UGAACUUCUCGCUUAAUAGUGUGUCAAAAACAAGCAAAAUAGUGAUCAGGUGCGAAGUAUUAACCUAUAGAUAAUAAAUAUUGAAACAAACUCAGUGUUUUCCCAGCACAGUCCCAUUUAUUCGCUAUGAGUACGAACGCAACCACUUUAUUGUCAUCUAUAUACCCAUGCGUUAAAUGCCAAGUAUGUUACCAAGGCUACAAGCAACUUUUGGAGCACCUAUACUGGCGGCAUGGUACUGAGAGCGUUUGGUGCAGCUGCGGCCUCAAGCGUUGGGUGUACGCCGAUCACCAAUGCAACGUCCUGCCUAUUGAUGAUGAUGAUGAUGAAUCAGUGUCGUCAGAAGACUCGCAGUAUUACUCGGAGCGCGAGACCGAGUUCUGUUACUGCGGGAGGAAUAUCGCGUCGCCUAUGAUUGGGUGCGACGGGCCACAAUGCGCGUUGCAAUGGUACCAUUUCUCGUGUGUGGGGAUCACAAUCCCGCCAUUCGGAGAUUGGCUUUGCCCGGAUUGCUGCAAGCAGAGCGUGAUACAGAAAUCAAACAAGGAUAAAAUACUGCAGACUUGAAAAGCAG